GGCCGCUAUCCAGUGACGUCAAAGAGGCUGCCCCGGAAGCGCUCGAGUCUGCGCCCCCCUUUCCUGGUGUUAAUGCUUCCGGGCGAUAGGUCCCGCCCUUUCCGGUCUGGGCUGGCGGCGAGGUGUCUCUUCUUGAACAUCCCUGCGUGGUGCCAUAUAGAAAAAUAAAAUGCAGAACGACGCUGGGGAAUUUGUGGACCUUUACGUGCCUCGUAAAUGCUCUGCUAGCAACCGAAUAAUUGGUGCUAAGGACCAUGCUUCCAUUCAAAUGAAUAUUUCUGAGGUUGACAAGGUCACAGGCAGAGUCAAUGGCCAGUUCAAAACUUAUGCCAUUUGUGGAGCAAUUCGUAGGAUGGGUGAAUCUGAUGACUCUAUUCUGCGUCUGGCGAAAAAUGAUGGGAUUGUUUCCAAGAAUUUCUGACUGAAGAUGCUCUCUUGAUAUGGAAAAUUUUGUUGUAAAAUAAACAUCUUAAACAUA